UGAUUAUUAGCGAACCGAUAAGCGGCUUUUUGUAGGCACGUUUCAUAUAUUUACUAUAUAUAAGUUGAUAUACUUUGGGUUACUAUGGAUAUGAAGUUAUUGGUAUUUCUACUUUUUUUAUAUGGUAAUGUAAUUCCCAUACUGUGUAUGAUAAUACGGAGAACCGAUGCUGAAACUAUGCAAAUGAAGUCUUCACAAAGAGCUCGUCGUCAAAUCGAUAUAAAUUUGUCAGCUGAACAUGAUGAGAAUAACGACGAAACAGAAAUAGCUCUAGAAGCGAUAGCCAAUUUAUGGCGUAGUGCUGAUAGUAAAACACAGAUCGAUGGGUCAGCCAAAGUGAUACACCACAGCAAUUCUUUGAAUUCCGGAAAUACACGUUUUUCAGGACGUUUACAUGUUCAUCACGACUAUAGAAAAAAGUGAUUUCGUAAAACGUUUCCAAAUUAUUUGAGUUUCGACAUUAAUAUACUUUUUAAACAAUUUAAAAUAUAAUAUAAUAUAUUUAUAAUAAUAUACAUACUUGUACAUUCACAUAAGUUUGCAUGAUCAAUUAAAAAAUAAUAGUACAUACACAUAUUUAUGUUAAAUUGCCAUCACCGUUAUCAAUGUAGAGAUAAGAUGUUCUACAUAAAUUAUAUGCAUUGUCCGAUGGUCUUUCAAUCUAAGAGUGUUAUUUCGAAUACUGGGAUAUCUUUGAAAAACAAUGAGAGGGUUAAUCUCAGCAUAUAUUUUUAUAAUAAUGCUGAUGAAUUCUGAAGCACUCCGUCAAAAGUUGUAUGAAGAAAAAUUACAUCUAGAGCUUCUUAAAAGAUAUCAUCGUCAAUUGGAUCUAACAUUAACCGCUGAUCACGACAGCCGUCAACAAAAUACGGACUUAUCGCUAGAAGCAUUAGCAAACCUUUGGCGCAGUGCAGAUAGUAAAACGUCUGUUGAUGGAGGAAUUAAGUUGGUCCAUAGCAAAAACAAUUUUGAUACGGAUAGCACGAAAUAUUCAGCUCGUCUUGAUGUGAACUUUGAACUUGGAAAAAAGUAAAAAGUGAAUCUACAUAUACGUACAUAUGAAAUGCUCAAAUUUAUAAUAGAUAUUAUUAAAUAAAUAUGUAA